AUUUGUACCGCAACGGAAAUAUCGUGCCUGUCCACGUAAUCGUGGAAAUGAGACAACCUACUGUCACCAAACCUAGAACCUUGUCUUCUGUAUGGACCAAAUGUUUUUCCAGUACAGAUGUAUAUGAGCUACCUUCGACUGAUAAAUACAGAAGGCUUAAAUAUCUCACACAGAUUUUCUUUUUCAGUGUUACUUUACUGGUUGAUCUUUUAUCUCCUUGA